AUACUAUACUGUUCCAUUCACAGUUUUAAGAAAGAAAAUCAAAAAUGUUUCUUGAACUAUACAACAAAUAUAAUUAUGAACUAGCAGAUCCGAGGACCAACGAUUUUUUGCUUAUGACGUCACCAUUUAAAGUGCUUGCAAUACUAGCACUUUAUUUAUGGUUUUGCUUAAAGGCCGGUCCUCAUUUUAUGAAGGAUAGAAAACCAUUUCAAUUAAGAAAAACAUUAGUAGUUUACAAUUUAAUUCAAAUUAUUUUAAGUGCAAUCUUUUUUAACGAGCUUCUCAUGAUGUGGUUAUACGUGUACGACUUGAGAUGCACUCCUGUAGAUUAUUCAGUAAAUCCAAAGAAUACAUAUUUAAUGUUUAUAGGUCAUACAUAUUUUUUAUCAAAAAUAUCUGAACUUCUAGAUACUGUAUUCUUUGUACUACGGAAAAAAGAUUCACAAAUUACAACAUUACAUUUAUAUCAUCACACUAUUAUGGUUGCUGUUAGUUGGGUUGUAUUUAAAUACAUGGCAGGCGGUCAGGCAGGAUUUGUUAUAUUAAUUAACUCAUUUGUACACAUAGUAAUGUACACAUAUUAUUUAUUAGCUGGAUUAGGACCCAAGUUUAAAAAGUAUUUAACAUGGAAGAAGCAAAUUACGCAAUUACAAUUGGUUCAAUUUGUAAUAUUAUUGAUAUACAAUCUACAAGCUUUACCCAGGGAAUGUGAUUAUCCCAAAAUAAUGCAUGUAUUUCAAAUUGUGGAAUGUUUAAUUUUUAUAUACAUGUUUUCAUCGUUCUAUGUCAAGGCUUAUAACACAAAAAAACAAUUGUGUCAAGUGCUAAGUGUAAACAACACUAAAAUGUUUGAAGUCUAUCAGUAUAUAAAUUAUGAUUUAUCAGAUCCAAGGACAAAGGAUAUUUUUCUUAUGUCAUCCCCUUUUCCAAUAUUAUCUAUUUUGGGAUUAUAUUUAUGGUUUUGUUUAAAGGCCGGACCACAUUUUAUGAAAAACAGAGAACCCUUCAAAUUGAAAAAUACUUUAAUUGUGUACAACGUUUUUCAAAUUAUUACUAGUGCUUUUUUUUUUGUUGAGGCAAGCUCACUUUGGCUUUUUAAAUAUAAUCUUUCAUGUGAACCUGUUGAUUAUUCGAAUAAUCCAGACGCUGUCUACGUAUUACAUUUAACUUAUAUUUACUUUCUAUCAAAAGUAAUUGAGUUAUUAGAUACAAUAUUUUUUAUAUUAAGAAAAAAGUAUUCGCAAGUGACUACUUUACACUUGUAUCAUCACGCUUCCACGGCAUUUAUAAUUUGGGUAACUGCAAAAUAUGUUGGAGGGGGACAAGCAACAUUUGCGGGAUUUUUAAAUUCUUUUGUACACAUAAUAAUGUACACGUACUACCUUAUUGCAGGAUUAGGACCAAAAUAUCAAAAAUAUUUAACUUGGAAAAAAUAUAUAACUCAAAUACAAUUGAUUCAGUUUUUGAUAAUUUUUAUCAAAGGUAUGCAAGCUAUCUUUACGAAUUGUAAUUUUCCAAAAUCACACAUCCUUUUGCAAAUAUCGGAAGCUGUACUAUUUUUCUAUAUGUUUUCAUCGUUCUAUUCUAAACAAUACAACAAACAACAGAAACUUCAAUAGAGAACUUAGUAAUUAAUAAUUAAUUGUAUUUUAGCAAAAAAGAGGCCCAAAUGUAAAUAAUUUGAAUAUUUCAA